AAAUUUUCCCUCUGAGUUCCGUCUUGGGACUUCCGGUAGCCAGUGGACAUCAGUGCCCGGAUCAGCGCGAGCUUAAAGAAUGGACUCCUCCGAUCUGGAACAAUUAUGCACUUACAUUAACGAAAAGAUUGGCAAUAUUAAACACACGCUGUCAUUAAGAAAUUGUGGCCACAAACCUGCCUUAAAGACUAUCUUAAAUAAAAUUGGAGAUGAGAUCAUUGUCGUAAACGAAAUUUUGAAUAAAUUGGAAUCGGAAAUCGAAUAUCAAGAACAGACCAACAAUUCACUCAAGGAACUCUGUGAGUCUCUUGAAGAGGAUUACAGAGACGUGCAACAUCUCAAAGAAAACGUCCCUGCCCAUUUGCCUCAGGUCCCAGCGCCUCAGAGCUGUGACAAAGGGUCAGAGCUGAACCCGAAAGAAUCAGUCAAGGAUAUGGAACCGGCCCCUCUAAGCAAGCCCCCCAGAGGACAAAGAAACAUCAAGGAAAUUUCAUUUAUCACUUCUGACGAGUUCAACGGUAUUCCUGCGUACAUGAAGUCCCGCUUAACUUAUUGUCAAAUUAAUGAUGUUAUUAAAGAAAUCAACAAGGCAGUAGCUAGUAAAUAUCAGAUUGUUCAUCAGCCCAAGAAGUCCAUGAAUUCUGCGACCAGAAACCUCUACCACAGGUUUAUUGAAGAGGAAACCAAGGAUACCAAAGGUCAUUAUUUUAUCGUGGAAGCUGACAUCAAGGAGUUCACAGCUUUGAAAGUUGACAAGAGGUUUCACGUGAUGUUGAAUAUUUUACGGCACUGCAAGCGGCUCUCCGAGGUCCGAGGGGGAAGACUCACCCGUUACGUUAUAACCUGA